AUGUUUAGAAAAGCUGCGAGGCUCAGUUCGUGGUUAUCGUUUAAUUAUCGACCUGUGCGACCCACUGGGACUUUUUAUCUGACUCAAAUGUACGAUACUUGGCUCAAAGACCCUAACUCGGUUCAUGAAUCUUGGAGAAAUUACUUCAGUCGUGCAGACAGCCAAGUCCUUGAAAAACUAAGUCAACAAUCUUCAUUUGGUGACCUUAGGGAAGAAGCUAAAGAAGUUAUAAAAAUUUCCUUGCUGCACCGUGCUUUCCAAAUCCAUGGAUUUAUGCUUGCAGACCUAGACCCACUUAAACUCCACUCAUUAGUUCAUGACCAUGGCGUCGAUGUCAGACUACCAGGGCCAAUUCGUCUGGAGAACUACCAUUUCUCCCCAGAAGACAUGGAAAAGACCUACGAUAUCAGCAAUCAUAUGAUAACUGGGUUCACCUCAUUAAACAGUCCUUCCCAUGGAAAAUGGAAACUUAAAGAUUUCAUUGAAAAACUCAAAAAAGCCUACUGCUCAAACAUAGGGUUUGAAUUUUUCCACAUUCCUUUCAGGGAUGAAACUAACUGGAUGAUUGAGAGGAUCGAAAAAGAUCAUCAAUUUAACUAUAGUGCUGACCAAAAGAAAAGUUUACUGAAAAAAUUAGCCAGAGCUGAACUAUUGGAAAAGUUUCUGCAUAAAAAGUUCACCACUCACAAGAGAUUUGGCUUAGAUGGUCUUGAGUCAUUAAUUUUAUCAGUAGAAGCUGUUAUUGAAAGAGCAGUCGAUCAAGUUAAGUUAAAGGUUAUGCUGGAUAUAAACGGGUAAAUCCACUAUACUGUGAGCACGGUUAUAGAUCGACCUUAGAACCCCCCUCCUGACAGUUUCAACUUUAUUGAAAUCUACAAAUUAAAUUUGACUUGUCAAAUCCUUAAUGAGGGAUUUGUCAUUUUGAAUUAGCAAUGCCAUUCAAAUUGAAACCGUUAGGGGGUGGGGGGUGGGGGUGGGGGGUGGGGGGGGGGGGGGGGGGGGGGGGGGGGGGGGUGGGGGGGUGGGGGGUGGGGGUGGGGGGUGGGGGGGGGGGGGUGGGGGGGGGGGGGGGUGGGGGGGUGGGGGGGUGGGGGGUGGGGGGUGGGGGGUGGGGGGUGGGGGGUGGGGGGGGGGGGGGGGGGGGUGGGGGGUGGGGGGUGGGGGGGUGGGGGGUGGGGGGGGUGGGGGGUGGGGGGGUGGGGGGUGGGGGGUGGGGGGGUGGGGGGUGGGGGGUGGGGGGGGGGGGGGGGGGGGUGGGGGGUGGGGGGGGGGGGGGGGGUGGGGGGGGUGGGGGGUGGGGGGUGGGGGGUGGGGGGGGGGGGGGGGGGGGUGGGGUGGGGGGGGGGGGUGGGGGGGGGGGGGGUGGGGGGGUGGGGGGGGGGGGGGGGGGGGGGGGGGGGGGGGGGGGGGGGGGGGGUGGGGGGGGGGGGGGGGGGGGGGGGGUGGGGGGGUGGGGGGUGGGGGGUGGGGGUGGGGGGGGGGGGGGGAGUUUCAGGUCGAGCCAUGCCUGUUCUGGAGGUAUAGCUGCCGAUCUUGGCUCCAAAGAUCUUCCUUUUGGAUUUCCGACCUGAAUUACCUGUCCAAGGGCUCCUAAGGCAGGCACAGAUGGCCCCGAUGAGAAGAAAUCAUGUAAUAGGUAAAAUCCCCUCGCCUAUCUAUCUGGCGGCACAGGAGAACCUUAGGGUGAGAAACAAAACUUCCCUUUUCAGCAAAGCUUCUUAAGCCUGAAGGCUGCUCCAAAAAUGGGGAGAGAUCUUUUUUCAGCUUCAGACCUGCUCCAUAGGGAGCUAUCUUCUGUGUCCAAUUUUCUUCGUCGUUGCCAGUUUAUUUCUUGCAGUUGAUCAAAGUUAAGAUCUAAAAGGCUAUAAGCGGAUAAACCCUAGCCUGUCUCAUGGUGUAAACCCACCUAACCUCGUCAUCUCUUUCAUUGUCCCAUUAGUCCCGAUAAGCAAAGGAUAAGCGGGAGACAAAACCUGUCCAGCCCAUCUAGCAGGAACAGGGAAAACCUUGGCGGAGAAACAAGCCUUCCUUCUUCAGCAGGCAUCCUCAAACCCGAAAACAAACUUACAUAGGCAUAUAAACCUGCUUCAGCUUUAUCAGGAUGGAUCCUACAUACUCCAUAGGAUCGUGCCUGGGAUUGAUUUUCAUCAGCAUCGCCAUUUUAUUUCUUCAGUUGAUCAAGGAAUUGAUACUUUUGUUAUUGGAAUGCCGCAUAGAGGAAGACUAAACAUGCUUGCCAACGUCUGUGGAAGUUCUUUAACUGACAUGUUUGGCAUGUUUUUAGGGUCCAAUGCUAGACUCUUAGAAGAAGGCGAUGUGAAAUAUCAUUUAGGUCAUACUGCAAUCAGAACAAUCAAUGGAAAAUCAGCUACAAUCAGCCUCUUAGCCAAUCCUUCACAUCUAGAAGCUGUCGAUACAGUAGCAGUCGGCAAAGCCCACGCUAUGCAGUUUUACCAAAACAGCCCAGAUAGAACCAUGUGCAUUCUUAUUCAUGGUGACGCAGCUUUAGCAGGGCAAGGCGUCGUUUUUGAGCAAAUUCAAAUGGAAGACUUAUAUGAUUAUAGCACUGGAGGCGUUAUUCAUAUAGUAGCAAACAACAAUAUAGGUUUCACCACCACUCCUAGAGAAGCAAGAUCUGGACUCUUCCCUACAGAAAUCGCAAAAUCUAUAUCAGCCCCAAUUAUCCAUGUUAAUGGUGACUGCCCUGAAGAAGUCGACUACGUCUCUCGGAUGGCUUGCGACUGGCGUAGAGAAUUCGGAAAAAGCAUAUUUAUUGAUAUCAUUGGGUAUCGAAGGUAUGGACACAAUGAGCUGGAUGAGCCGCUUUUUACAAACCCUAAGAUGUACCAGAUUAUCAGUAAGCAUGAGUCUUGCUAUGAUCUCUAUUCAAAGAAGCUGAUUAAUGAAAAAAUUUUGUCUGGAGAAGAAGCUACAAGUCUAACCCAGUCUGUUUUAAAUGACUAUGAAUCUUCAUUUAGCACUGCUAAAGAAUUCAGUGAAGACGAGUUGAAAAACCGAAAUAAAAACUACACUGAGUGGUCACCUAUAAAAACAGCUCAAAGAGAUCCAAGAAGAACUGGAGUUUCAGUUGAUAGAAUCAGAGAACUUGGCCUUCAAAUCAAUACAAUUCCUGAAGAAUUUCAUGCCCAUCCAAGUAUAACCAAAAUUUUCAAACAAAGAUACAACUCUAUCGAAAACGGAAGAGGAAUUGAUUGGGCCACUGCAGAAGCUUUGGCUUGGGCAAGCCUACUAGCAGAUGAUGGUGUCCAUGUACGAAUCAGCGGAGAAGACGUCCAAAGAGGCACUUUUUCACAAAGACACGCAGUUAUACAUGACCAAAAAAAUGAAAAGACCUAUGCCCCUCUUAACUUUUUAGCUAAAAAUCAAGCCAAGUUUACAGCAGUGAAUUCCUUAUUAAGUGAAAUGGGAGUUUUAGGUUUUGAGUAUGGGUUUGCUUUAGCCAACCCUAAUGCCCUUGUCUUAUGGGAAGCCCAGUUCGGUGAUUUCGCUAAUGGUGCACAAAUUAUCAUAGACCAAUUUAUUACAAGUGGUGAAGCCAAGUGGGGUCAAGAAGCUGGACUUGUCAUUUUAUUACCUCACGGCUAUGAUGGCCAGGGCUCUGAGCACUCCUGUGGUAGAAUCGAGCGUAUUUUGCAGCUCUCUGCAGACGAUCCUAACAAUAUCCCAACAGACUGGAUCGUCGAAGGUAUGCAGAUUUACCACAACAACAUCCAAGUUGUCAUGCCGAGCAACCCUGCGAACUAUUUCCAUAUGCUGCGUCGACAAAUUCGCAGAGAAUUCCGUAAGCCUUUAUUUGUGUUUUCUCCAAAGCGUCUAUUGAGGCAUAAAGAAGCUGUUUCUACAAUCGAAGAAUUCAAUAACGAUAGAGUUAGCAGAGCUUAUGACGACCCUAGCAAAGAUUUGGUAGAAAAUGAAAAAAUAAGGAAAGUAAUUUUCUGCUCUGGGCAGGUUUACUAUGACUUGGUGGAAGAAAGAAGAAAAAGAGACAUAAAAGAUAUUGCUAUUUGCAGAAUUGAACAAAUUGCGCCAUUCCCGUUUGAUAGGGUACAGCAUCAGGCUCAUAAAUAUAUAAAUGCUACAUAUCAUUGGGUACAAGAAGAGCCAUUAAAUUUAGGUCCUUGGGGAUAUGUACAGCCAAGAAUUGAUACAGCGUUGAAAGCAUUAGGGUUUGGCCCAGCUGGUGUAGUUUCAAGGCCUCCAUCUGCUGCUGCAGCGAGUGGGUAUGCUUCAGUCCAUACCAAGCAACUUAUAGAAUUAUUAGAUAAAGCCAUGAAUUAA